AUGAAUGGCGAGAUGAUUGAGAAUACCAUCAGGAGCGGGAAGAUCGAUGCGGGAGAGAGUAACAGAAGAUCAGCCUCGAAGAGGAAGGAGAACAAGGUGAACAAUGCGAGCAUGUACAGCAAGGGUUACUCGAGGUCAGUGACAGUGAGUCAGCCAAGAAAGGUGGUUGCCAAUCAGCAAAGCUCGUCAAGACAGGAGGCUGGUACAAGGCUCAUUGGUAUGGGUGUUGUUAAAUUUGAUGAAGUAGCUAAAACGGAAAAUCCAUUACCAAACCAUACUGACAGUAGAAUAAAUAUGAUGGAUGAAAACAGAAGGAUUAAGACAGAUAUUGCGGAUGUGAAGACUCCUUUGAGAUGGGAGUGUACGGAGUUCAGAGCCAUGGUACAGGGUAUGAUGGAUAAUAAGGAGAUGGAAUUCUGUGAAGGAGUUCAGAGGGAGAGUCAUAUAUGCGCGUCAGAGUCGGCAUUGGGAGUCCCGAAGGCUAACCAUCCUGUGGUCAUCAUUUCGCGGCCUCAGAACAGUGAGGUUGGGGCACGAGUAACACCAAAGGUAAUCAUUCAAAGACCGACUGUGUUUGCAUAUAAGGAUAACAUGAGGGUUCCUUGGAAUUACAAUUGUAAUGUGACAAUCCCGGGGAAGGAGGAUACAAUCAGUAAAGAGGAUCAGGAUGAAGGAAGGCAUUACGAACAGAUGAAAGCUCGAGUAGAGCCAAUAAGAGAAGAAGCUUCGGCUGGAAAGAAGAGGAAUGCGGUUGAACCCGAACUAUUGGUCAAUGAACCAAUAAAAGAGGGGGAAGCUAGAGAGUUCUUGAAGUUCCUAAAGCAUAGCGAGUACAGGGUUCUGGAACAACUGCACAAACAACCAGCUCGCAUAUCUGUGCUAGCUUUACUCCUGAACUCGGAGGGACAUCGAAAUGCACUACUGAAGGUGCUAAAUGAAACUUAUGUGGCCGACGAUAUCUCUGUUAACAAGUUGGAUCGACUGGUCGGUAAUAUAAGCACUGAUAACUUCAUCUUCUUCAGUGAUGUUGAAAUACCACCUGGGGGUAUGAGAUCUACUAGAGCUUUACACAUCACUACAAGGUGCAAAGGGUACACAUUAGUAGGAGUGCUGGUAGACAACGGAUCGGCAUUAAAUGUAUUGCCCCUAUCCACGCUCAACAGGUUACCAGUGGAUAGGUCGCAUAUGAAGUCGUGCCAGAAUGUGGUUCGAGCAUUUGAUGGUACCAAGAGGAGGGUCAUGGGAAGAAUCGACAUUCCCUUGUUAAUUGGCCCAACUGUUUAUGAGGUGGACUUCUUGGUUAUGGACAUCAAGCCUUCUUUCAAUUGUCUAUUAGGAAGGCCAUGGAUUCAUUCAGCAGGAGCGAUACCGUCAUCAUUACAUCAAAAGCUGGAGUUGGUGUCAGAGGGUCGGCUAGUGACGAUAAAUGCUAAAGAAGAUAUCAUUGCAUCUGUGACCAAUGAUGCGCCUUAUUUGGAAGCAAGUGAUGAUGCAAUUCAGUGCUCUUUCCGAUCCUUGGAGUUCGUAAAUGCAACAUUAAUCCUUGAGGGAAACAAGAUCCCAACACCGAGAAUAUUAAAGACCACAAAGAUGGGUCUUCAGUUAACAGUUGGAAAAGGAGCCUUGCUAGAGAAAGGAUUGGGGAAAUAUCUUCAGGGCCGAGUUGAGGCUCCAGUGUUGAAAGACAAGCAGGACCGUUUUGGCUUAGGAUACAAGCCAGAUACUAGGCAGAGAAGGAUAGAGUAA